AUGGGGACAUCAUGGCAUAAUGUGAAUGGGAAGAUUUGGAUUUUUGUGGAUGCAGAAAUUCAAGUAGAAAUAAUAAGAGAUACAGAACAACUGUUAUCCUGUAGAUUCACUCAUUUGGGUGAUGGGCAAGAGUUGGUGCUUACAGUUGUUUAUGCAAAUGACAUUGAAAAAUUUGGGGGUCUUCCUGUACAGUUUGCAGAAACAGAGGAUUUUAGACAAUGUAUAGACAUUUGCCAACUGAUGGAUCUUGGUUUUACUGGAAGUAUGUUCACAUGGUGGAAUGGGAGAUCUGAUGAGGCUUGUAUAUUUAAAAGACUGGACAGAUGUUUGGGAAAUCAGGCUCUGCAGAAUUGUUUUCCUAAUUUGGAGGUAGAGCAUCUCAUUAAACAAGGUUCUGACCACUCCCCUUUGCUGGUGGGAAGGGCUCUCUCUAAGUGGAGUAGGGACACUUAUGGUGAUAUCUUCAAGCAAAUUGCAACUCUGGAGGAAGUGAUGCAGGUGCAUGAGCAGGAAUUUGAACAGAAUCCUACAAGGCUUAACAGGGAAAGGCUACAAAGGGUACAAGCUAAUCUGAUCAGGUUUUAUGCUAUUGAAGAAAAAUUUUGGAGACAAAAAGCAGGGAUGCAGUGGUUUCAAGAUGGAGAUAGGAACAAAAAAUUCUUUCAUGCUCAUGUCAAUGGAAAGAGAAGAAAGCUACAGUUACAGAGAAUUCAAGAUCAUACAGAAGAACAAAAUCAACAACUCUAUGAAAUGCCAGAUGAAGCAGAGGUGAAAAGAGCAGUUUUUGGUUUAAAUGGAGACAGUGCAGGGGGUCCUGAUGGUUUCACAGGGAGAUUUUUCCAAGCUUGUUGGGAAAUUAUUGCAAAGGACUUGGUGACCAUGCAAUCAGGAUUUGUUAAAGGCAGGAGUAUUGUAGAAAACAUUCUGUUGGCUCAGGAAAUUGUACAUGAUAUUAGGAUUAGAAAAAAGCCUGCAAAUAUUGUCAUUAAGCUUGACAUGGAAAAGGCUUAUGACAGGAUUCCUAAAAAAGAUUUUCCAUUCACAUAUUUGGGUGUACCAAUUUACUAUGGGAGAAGAAGGAACAUUCACUACAAGGAGAUAAUAGAAAAGAUUCAGAAUAGACUGAGCUCAUGGACUGGUAAGCUGCUAUCUAUUGAAGGAAGGACAAAACUGAUUAAACAUGUUUUACAGAGCAUGCCUAUACACCUACUAUCCGCUUGUGACCCUCCUAGUGCUAUACUCGCUCAGAUUCAUAGAUUGUUUGGUAAGUUCUUUUGGAGCAACUCUGUGGGAAAUUCAAGUAAUCACUGGGCAACUUGGACAACCUUAUGUCACCCACAAGAAGAAGGUGGCAUGGGAUUCAGAAGCCUACAAGAUAUAUCUAAAGCCCUCUUUGCUAAACUGUGGUGGAACAUGAGAACCAAACAAUCCUUAUGGAGAACUUUCAUUAGUAAUAAGUACUUAAAGAAGUUUCAUGCUGUGAUAGCCCCUAGCGGAUCAAGUACUUAUGUGUGGAAGAAGAUGAUUAAAUACCGAGAUGAGAUGGAACAUGAGAUAUGGUGGAAGCUUCAACAAGAUUUUGAGUGUGAUCCCACAAUCAUCCUUGUAAAAGAAACUGCAGAAGUGGGGCAAUGGGAUGAACAAUUUCUAAGAAGAAUCCUUCCUGAGGAUCUAGCAGACCAUAUUGUGCAGCACAUUAAUCCACCAAAUGAAAAUGGCCAAACAGAUAAGGCUUUCUGGAAAUUAGAUUCGAGGGGGAAAUUCACAGUUGGGUCUGCAUUUCAAUUGCUCAGACAAAGAAAAGACCCCAGUAAUUUGUAUAAGCAGAUGUGGAUUAAAGGACUACCAAUAAAGAUAUCUUUUUUUAUUUGGAGAUUUUGGAAGUUCAAGCUACCACUGGAUGAUAAGUUGAAGAAAUGGGGACACCAAUUCCCUUCCAGAUGCUACUGUUGUCAACAUCCAGAAGUGGAAGAUACCUCCCAUGUCGUUUUACACUCACCAACAGCUCAAGCCAUCUGGAAGUAUUUUUGUGGACCAGUGGGAAUAAAUAUUGAGAAUCUGCAAAGAUAUUCUCCAAAGAUUAGAGUAACACCAGUGACUUGGAGAACUCUAGAUAUUGGAUGGAUAAAAGUCAAUACUGAUGGAGCCUCAAGAGGAAACCCGGGUAGGAGUUCAUGGGCCUUUUGUGUAAGGGAUGAAAGGGGAGAUGUGAUACAAGCACAGGCCAGAGAAAUAGAGGAUCUUCAAAGCACUAACACUGAGGCAGAGGCCCUAGCCAUUUUACAGGCUCUCAGUUCUCAUGUGAUGGGAGAAUCUCAGGAGCGGCUCAAUAAGAUCGGGAGCCUAAAGCCAGCUUUAACGGAAGGCCUUAUUUCUCUGCUCAAUAUUUUUCAAACCUAUAAGUCUAUUGUAGGAAAUGUACAAGAGAACAAGGUCUGUAACUCUAGUAGACAUGAUAUGGACAAACUUAAGCAGACACGGAGCACAGGCAGAUCUGAUUAUGCCAAGGAAAUAUAG